CGUCAGUUCGAAUCCCAAAGUGGAAGGAGGAUUCGGAUCACCAUUCAAGUCUCGAACGCUUAAACUGAGCGUCUUUUUGGCACCCCUGGUAUGGAUGUUAAUGUUCUUGAGAUGAAAAGUGGCCCUGAUUGUUGUAUAAUAAAGAUACAUAAUUACAAUAAUUUGACCAAGAUGUCACUGAAGCGGGAAAGCUUUGCAUAUAAAUGAUUGAACUCUUAGAACCACUUUAUGUGCCUCAAAAGAAUGCGAGUAGUUGGGGUACGUUCGAACAAAAGUUUAUAAAUACCCAACGAGAAACCGCGAGGGCAACCAUUCGGCAGUGUAUUGUUUUGCGUGUCAGACGGUGCGAAAAAAGAUAAGAUGAAUCGUUGGCAAUUAGCGGUCGCUCUGGUAUUUUUCCUAGCUGCUCACGCUUUUGCGCAGACAGACGAUGAGGUGCUUGAAAUACGACGAAACUUGGCGCAAAGUUGCAAGCAACGGGAAGGUGCCUCCGAUGGGGACGUUGAGGGUCUGAUAACGGCGGUUGAGCCCGUAACGAGGGUUCAGAAGUGUCUGCAGUCGUGUGUUCAGCAGCAGCAUGGCGUUUCGGACGGGAGGCGAUUCCUGAAGGAAGGCUAUCUGGCACUUAUGCGGGUGGUCGUUGGAACGGACCAGCUGAGACAGCGCAUCGUCGAGGAAGCCGCAGACGAAUGCAUUGGGGUUGAGAACGAGGAUCGCUGCCAGUUGGCGAUCGAUAUUAUGAUCUGCGUCAAACAGGCACUGCAGAAGAGAGGGUUACGAUCGAAGGAAUAAGCGCGAAAUAAAUCUUAAGCUGAUCUUGCAAAA